AUGAAAUACCUAGGGCUCCGGCUUGAUAGGCGCCUCUCGUUUGAGGACCAUUUCAGAGAGGUGAAGUCCGACCAAGCGGCGCUCGCCCUGGCCAGGCUUCUGCCGAACCUGGGUGGGCCGGGCGGAAAGGCCCGCAGGCUGUACGCGGGGGUCGUGGCCUCGAUAGCCCUCUACAGCGCCCCCGUAUGGGCUGGAGAGGCGGCCAAAAAUCGCCGCAUCCAAAGCGCGCUACACAACGCGCAACGGAGAAUAGCCGGGAGAAUAAUAAAGGCGUACAAGACGGUCUCCCACGCCGUGGCCACAACUCUGGCCGGGACUCCGCCGCUUCUCCUACUGGUGGAAUCAUAUGCCGAGACGUACGCCACCGUCGCUCGGAUUAAGGCAAGGCGCGGGUACAACGCUAUCACCCCCGACCUGGUAGCGCAAAUCAAGGACAGGAACAGGAGGGAUAUGAUGCUCAAGUGGGAGCAGUGGAUCAGUUCCUCCGGACGGGGCGGAAGCUCGGUCGUCCGCGCGAUUCUGCCGCGCCUGGGAGAGUGGACGUCGGCAAGGACGGGUCUCUCCUGCCGGGCGACGCAGAUCCUUACCGGUCACGGCUGUUUCGGCCGUUUUCUGCGUCGCAUCGGUAGGGAGACGACGGAGAAAUGCUGA